ACGAAAUGGCCGCUCGUCCCGCCGAAGACCCUCAGCACGACUCGAAGAAGCAGAAGACCACUGUGAAGCACAAGGUCUGCCUGCUCGUCCACGAUGGCUGGGGACUUUCCGAGAACGAGAAGGGCAAUGCCAUCUUCCACGGUGACACCACCAACAUGGACAAGAUCCGUGACAAGCACAACUUCGUUGAGCUUGAGGCGUCGGGCCUCGCAGUCGGUCUCAAGGAAGGCCUCAUGGGCAACUCCGAGGUCGGUCACCUGAACAUUGGAGCUGGUCGCAUCGUCUGGCAAGACAUUGUCCGCAUUGACCAGUCGAUCAAAAAGGACGAGUUUAAGAACCAGCCCGCAGUGGUUGAGUGCCUGAAGCGCGCCAAGGAAAACAACGGUCGCCUGCACACUAUGGGUCUCCUGUCAGAUGGCGGCGUGCACUCGCACAUCACUCAUCUUCUCGCCCUCCUUCGUGCCGCUAAGGAGCAGGGCGUCAAGCACGUAUACAUCCAUGCUUUUGGCGAUGGCCGCGACACUGCCCCCAAGUCGGCUGAUAAGUACGUCCAGCAGCUCCUCGAUGGUAUCAAGGAGAUCGGCGUUGGCGAGCUCGUCACGUUUGUCGGCCGCUACUACGCCAUGGAUCGUGACAAGCGUUGGGACCGAGUCAAGAUCGCCGUCGACGCUCUAGUUCAGGGCGUCGGUACUAAGUCAGACGAUCCCGUUAAGGCUAUCGAGGACUGCUACGCCAGAAACGAGACCGAUGAGUUCAUCAAGCCCCUCAUCUUCGGGGAUCAGUCGACCCGCCUCCACGACAACGACACCAUCUUCACCUUCAACUACCGUUCGGACCGAAUGCGCGAGAUUGCCUCACUGCUGGCCUUUGACGACGACAAGCCUAUUGACGUCGAAAUCCCCAAGAAUCUGAGCGUCACGACCAUGUCGCGCUACAACCCGGCAUGGACGCUCCCUGUCGCCUUCCCCCCUGUCUCCAUGGACAACGUUCUUGCUGAGUGGCUCGGCAAGCAGGGCGUUAAGCAAAACCACAUUGCCGAGACUGAAAAGUAUGCCCAUGUCACCUUCUUCUUCAACGGCGGUGUUGAGAAGCAGUACGCCGGGGAGGAACGCGUGAUGAUCCCCUCCCCCAAGGUUGCCACCUACGACAAGAAGCCGGAGAUGAGCGUUCAGGCCGUUGCCGACAAGGUUGCUGAGAUCGUGAAGACGGGCGAGUAUGAGUUUGUCAUGUGCAACUUUGCUCCUCCCGACAUGGUCGGUCACACCGGUGUCUACGACGCCGCUGUUGAGGCCAUCACUGCGACCGACAAGGCCGUUGGAACUAUCUAUGACGCAUGCGAGGAGGCCGGCUACGUGUUCUGCAUCACCGCCGACCAUGGUAAUGCCGAGCAGAUGAUCGACCUGGAGACUGGUAACCCCCACACCGCUCAUACCACGAACCGUGUACCGUUCAUCGUUACUGGUGAGAAGGGCACUUUGCAGGUGACGGAGGAGCAUGGCGCGCUCGCGGAUGUCGCUCCCACGAUUCUUUCCAUCAUGGGUCUUCCUCAGCCCGCGGAGAUGAGCGGCAAGUCCCUUGCAAAGGAGUAG